CAGAGGGUCUAUAACUUGUUGAUAAGGAACUUUUGAUUUGAAAUUGAAUAGCAGUGAGAAAUGAGUGUUCCUCAAACUCCAAGUAUCAACUAUCAUCCGUACUCCCAUGCACUUCAAAUUAGGGUUUAUCAAGCUUUUAUAUUCUCCAUCCCAAUCCUCUUCUCCAUCAUACUAUUCCUUUUGUUCUACUUGUUCUACCUCAAAAGAAGGGCUUAUGCACUCUCUUCUUCUCCACCAACACUUCCACCUUCUACUUUCAAUUAUGCUACUUCUUUUAUCCCCAUGAGUUAUGCGGGAUUGAAAGGAGAUCUCAAGGAUAAGCUGCCAAAGGUUCUCUUUGAUGAAGAUUUAAAGGCAAAGGAUUCUGUAUGUUGUGUUUGUCUUGGUGAAUUUGAAAUGAAUGAAGAGUUGAUUCAAGUCCCUUCAUGCAAGCAUGUGUUCCACAAGGACUGUAUUCACCAUUGGCUUCAAUCCAAUUCCACUUGCCCACUCUGUAGAUGUUGUGUCUUCUUAGCUGUGGGGCCUAUCUCGCGACCUGUACGAUCGCAAUUUCAGCCGAACAUCCAUGAGCCCAAUUUCAGUGGUGAUGGCCCAGCAACUGAAGUUGUAACAUCGGCAGCAGAAAGCACUAGCACGGCAAAUGCAGCUAGUAGCAGUGUUAGCGACUGUUCAAGAGUCACCUCCACCUCUAAUGACAUCAACCAUGUUGUAUCUAGUGAACUUUCUGUUGUCAUACAUGUUGAAGCCUAGUAAUACAUUAAAUACGUUAUUCAGCUCAUUGUAUUUUUUGUGUAGUGU